AUGUCAUCUUAUCAAUAUGCAGAUCACCGCAAAAAGUCUCGCCAAUCUAACAAACCCAUGCCAGAUGAUAUUAAAGUGGAAUAUCACCCACACAGUAAGAUACCCUCGACCAUCCAUCGUUUUGUAGACUUUUCCCGUCACCAUUCUAUGGAAGAUUCUGUGCCUCGUAGCACUUCUCCGUGGGAACCUUUCCGAACACGACUGGACUUUGAGGUUGCAGAGAUAGCGCUUGAGGCAGCAAUGACAAAGGACCAAACCAACCGGCUCUUUAACCUCCUGCACCGCUCUGCAUGUGGUAAAGAGGCUUUCACAUUGCAAAGUCAUGAUGAAGUCCGUUCAUUUUGGGAGAUGGCUUCCGAACAGUUCACACCAUUUCAGAGCAGUGUAGUAUCUGUGAAAUACCGAAGUGAAGUUCAUGAUUUUAAUAUGUACUCCCAACCUCUUUGGGACUGGGCACUAGACCUGCUGCGAGACAGUCGCUUCGCGAAGCAUUUUCCCUGGACUGCCAACACAUUUUGGGAUGCUCAAUCGCGACUUCCACCAGAUGCUAAGCCACUCGCAUUCAUUCUUUAUGCCGAUAAAAAUAAGUUGUCAUCUUUUGGAACUCAAAAGGGCUAUCCAAUUAUAGCGCGAAUUGCAAAUUUGCCUGUUGAAAUCUGGAAUGGUGUUGGUGUGGCUGGUGGUCGAGUCGUGGGUUGGCUGCCAAUUGUCAAUGAAAAUCAAAAGGAUAGCGGAAAAGCAAGUUUUGUGAAUUUCAAGAAUGUGGUUUGGCAUGAGUCAUUUUUGCAGCUUAUAGAGUCGGUCAUACAGCAUUCGAAGACUGGUUAUUGGUUCGACUGUGGGGACCUGAUACGACGCCUUCUUUGGCCAAUAAUAUUGAUCCUCAGUGCUGACUAUGAGGAACAAUGUAUCAUGUCCUUAAUUUGUGGAUUGAAAGGCAAAUUCCCUUGUCCAGUUUGUCUGGUCCCCCAAGAUAUGCAGUCUAUCUACACAGAGGAACUAACACUACGCAUAAGUGCUGAGUCUCAACAAGUGCUGAAAACUGCAAGAUUGGCCAAGAUGAAAAAGGCCAGAGAGAAUCACCUAAAAGCAUUCUCGCUGCACAAUGUUGAAAACGUUUUUUGGAAAGUUCAUCAUUGUGAUAUCCAUCGUGCACUCUCAUGGGAUUGCAUGCAUGCCAACAAUGGCAGGUUAUGGAGCGACCAUUUGUGGGUGGAGCUUCAGUUUUGGAUCACGGAUCUAGGUCGAGAAGCAGCUGUUCAGAUUGAUUCAAACUUUGACGCUUUCCCAAGAUGGCCUGACUUGCAGCACUUCUCACAUGUGAUGAAAAUAGACUUUACUGAUAGCGCAACUCAUGAAGAUAUAUCAAAGUUGGUAGUAUUCGCAGUGCAGAACAUCCUUACACGGACUGAAAGCAAACUUGGCUACCUGCUCUUACGAUGCAUAUGUCGCUUUGUCAUGUUCGACAUGUAUGCAGCAUUGGAGGUUCACACAGAGGAUACCAUCGCAGCCGGAAGGGAAACUUUGUGUGAAUUCUUGACACUGCUGGAUGAAUACAUUACAAAAUCAGAGCCAGAAACUGGGAAGAAUUGGAAUUUUCCAAAAAAGCACUCAAAUGUGCAUGUGUUCGAUGACAUCCUAGCAAAAGGCGCCACUCGAAACUACAACACGAAGCCAAACGAAAGGAUGCAUGGCCCAUUACGUAUCAUUCGCUAUGACCAUUGGCUGCUGACAUCGACAUCUAUGUGUUCUGAGAUCGAUGACCUGGAUGAGUAUACACGCCAGCAAGUUGUUGACCCUGAGGCUGGUGAAGAGAUCGAAGAAGUUGCAACGCAUACAUAUUUGGGUGUGAGGCGAGGCAGUCAGUCUUUCUCUCAGAUCGAGCAGGAGCAUGCAGCAGAUACAGCCUUUUCCGGAUUUCGGAUCAGGCUGAACAGGUUCUUGAACGAGUUCCUGCCUCAAUUUGAAAUUCCCUUCCCAGAUGGGAGGCGUGUGCAUUUUCGACCUGAUGACCAGGUCACAGUAUUUCAAUACUUAUGGGUGAAUUACGAAUCUAUGGUCGACUGGCAUCUAAAACGAGAUCUCCUUCGAUGCAACCCAUCUUUCUUUGGAUCACCAAGGUAUGAUUGUGUCAUGGUGAAGGCCCAAGACCAGCCUCUUUUUGCGCAUCUCAUUUUCUUGUUUCGCUGCUCAAUCGGUGAGAUCGUCCUUUCUUUCGCCCUUAUUCAUCCCUAUGAUGUUGCCAUCGGUCAUCGCCAUAGGCAGGACAUAGAUUUGGGGCUGUAUCAUGUGCGAGCCAAACCUUGCGCAUCUCUGGAACUCAUUUCCAUCGAGUCCAUUAUUCGAGGUGCUGUGCUUGCCAGUGACCCUGCUACAGCUGGGGAUUAUUUCAUUGUAGACACCAUCGAUACCGACAUCUUCCUCUGA